UGUGUUUGUGUGUAUGUGUUUCUCCCAUGCUGACUCAUGGCAUUGAAGCCUCUCUGGAAACACCCCCACCACUCUAGCCAGCCAAUUUAUACACACCCCUUCGGCUCCUCCUUGAUUCAAAUGUUAGGUCAAGAGGAAGAAGGAAACUGAAUUCAAGAGCUGCUCUCAAGCAUCUAGAAUUCUCUGUACCUCACCUUUUGAGAAGAGAGACUGGCCCCAGCUCUGCCUCAGUCCACUGCAAGCUGGGCUCUCCUCUUAAAGCACCAACUUUAUUUGAGCCUUUGGAUAAAACUGAAAGAAAAGAGUCCACGAGUACUGUGGAUUGUGCAGGAGGCAGGGGGCUGACAACUGGCAGUAUAAACAGAAAGAUGGCAGGCCCGAUGCCCAGCAUUGAAACAGACCCUGAAAUUGAGCUUUUCGUGAAGGCUGGAAGUGAUGGGGAGAGUAUUGGAAACUGUCCCUUUUGCCAACGCCUUUUUAUGAUCCUCUGGCUUAAAGGAGUUAAAUUCAAUGUGACUACUGUUGACAUGACCAGAAAGCCCGAAGAGCUGAAGGACUUAGCUCCAGGUAUCAAUCCUCCCUUCCUGGUGUAUAACAAGGAGUUGAAAACAGACUUCAUUAAAAUUGAGGAGUUUCUAGAGCAGACACUGGCUCCUCCAAGGUAUCCUCACCUGAGUCCCAAGAACAAGGAGUCCUUUGAUGUGGGCUGUAACCUCUUUGCCAAGUUUUCUGCAUACAUUAAGAAUACACAAAAGGAGGCAAAUAAGAAUUUUGAAAAAUCUAUGCUCAGAGAAUUCAAGCGUCUGGAUGACUACUUAAACACCCCACUUCUGGAUGAAAUUGAUCCAGACACUGCUGAGGAACUCACAGUUUCCAGAAGAUUGUUCUUGGAUGGAGAUCAGCUGACACUGGCUGACUGCAGCUUAUUACCCAAACUGAACAUUAUUAAAGUUGCUGCCAAGAAAUACCGUGACUUUGACAUUCCAGCAGAAUUCUCAGGCGUCUGGCGCUAUCUACACAAUGCCUAUGCCCGUGAAGAAUUUACCCACACAUGUCCUGAAGACAAAGAAAUUGAAAAUACCUAUGCAAAUGUGGCUAAACAGAAGAGUUAGGACAGCUCUUUCGGUAGAAAAAGCUCUCUUUUCACUUGUUAUCAUAUUAGAAAGGUUUUUGGAAAUAAGAAUAUGGGAAACAUUGUUUCCUCUAUCCAACUCUAUUACGAAAGAGAGCACUAUAUUAUCUGUAUCUAGUUAGUC